CCUGUGCCUGUGGGUACCUUUACAUAGCCUACAUGUGCUUCUCCCAUGUGCUUGUGCUUAUAUAGAAAUCCUCCUGCGUGCCUUUAAUCCCUAAAUAAUUUAAAGUAAAUUAUUAUUUCUCCCAUAAAAAGGACCAUUGUUUGGGCAGUGCCAGUGGUACUUUAGCCGGUGGUGUAUUCUAGUGCCGUGUUUUGUAAAAUUGUGCCGUAAAAUGGAUUAUACGGAAACUUUGAAAAAUUGGGGAUUAGAAAACUACACCCAAGAGUUUAUUGAACAGGGAAUUACAGAUGAGUCGUUCCCACUCAUAGAUGAUGACACUAUAAAUAUUAUUUUCCAGAAAAUUGGCCCUAAAUUAAUUUUCAAAAAGAAAUUCCAGGAAUAUCUUUUAGAAAACAAGAAAAUCAUUUUUGAAGUAGAAGAUGAUGGCACAUUCACAUUUUCAUCAACGCCAAAAAGUAGUGGCUUUGAUGACAACAGUUUUGACAGCAGUACUGCUGAUUUAAUUAGGACCCUUGAGGGAAGCUGUAACGAUGAGGCCAAAGAUCUACCAACAACAUCAACAGCAAUUUAUGUAGAAAAUAAAUCAAAAGUUUUGAUUCCAGAGGCUUUAAAAGAAGAUGCUACCCCACCUAGAAAAAAAAUAAAAAGUAAUGUUUUUUCCAGAGAAGAGGAACUCAUGGAAUGUGCAGAAGAAAUAAUAAAAUUAUUUCCUGGUGAAGAAAUUGAUACAUAUUAUGUACCAUAUGCAUCAAAAACAAAGUUGGGUCUCAGAGUUCCUGCUAGAGGUAAACUAUGGUCCCGAUAUUUAAAUAUAAAAGCAGCCUUACGAGUAGCAAAUCGCUCUCUUGUUCCAAUGGCAAACUGUGAUCAAGAAAAUCUCAGUCGCAGCCCUCUUGAGGAGGAAAAAAAGGAAUUGAACUUUUUAAAGUCUGCUCUCGAAUCUGAUUUCAAUCAAACUUUUCCUGACAAAACGGACAUUAUAUAUGACCACUGGCCAGUAAUAAGAGAUGCAAUUUUAAAGGAAGCAGGGGAGAGAUCGGUAGAAUUGACAAGGAGUGCCCCAGACACACAGGCAUUAUUGGUUCUGCCACUUCUCUUUAAUCCUGUGACCCUCAGAAAGAGUCCAAAAUUAAACUGGAGACCCACAAGGCAGGAGAUACAAUGCAGCUUUUUUAUUAAGAUUCAGGAUUAUAGUGAGCUAGAAGAGAUUAUACAUCGUCGACACACAACAUUAGUAAAAUACAACUUGCCCUUGCAACCGUUUGGUAUAGUUGUAGGCGAUGUAGAACAUCCAAUUGAAUUUGGUAUUGUUUGUUUUGAACAGAAAUAUAAAUGUGAUUCCGCCAUCAGUAUUUGUAAUAAUGUUUACAGUGAAGUUAAAUCUUUGAUGACCCAUUUAAAACUAUUUCAUGGUGUACAAGAAAUGUCAGUAUUUAAGUGUGCUGAAUCAGAUUGUACAAGGGAUUUUUCUUCAGCAGCUUCAUUUAAAAAACAUUUAAAAACGCAUACAUUUAACGUAUCAAAUAUUAAAUCUAAUUUCAAACAAGAAACUGAUAAUUUAAAAUUACCCGUUAAUCAAAAUGUUGAUAAAAAUAUUUGUGAGCCUGAAAACUUAGAUACUUUCGAAAAAGAUAGUAGCUCUGAGUUUAAUAAAUUCAAAAUAACUUUGCGGAAUAAAGGUGAUUCAGUGAUUACUAAGUUAUAUGGAGACUCUACUUUGAACCGAAAACUAGUCCAAACUGUAAUAGAUUCUGUACUUGAUUUGAUUUGUGAACCAAUGGAUCUUUUUAAACAAGAUUUACUACGAAUUUUGGGGAAUGCUGAAGUUGACAAUACUAAAAAGGGUCUUGUGAAUGACUAUUUUUUUGAAUGGGAUAGUGUUUUCAUGGAUUUAACUAGUGAUUAUUUGAGACAAAAGUAUCUGGAAAAAUUAGGCUUGUACAUUAAAUCAAUUGAAUAUGUUACUGGAGAAAGGUUUGAUUUGCUUCAAAAUGAUGUUCUCAAAGCAAAAGCAUAUUCUGCCCAAUUUGUACCAAUAAGCCCAAUUCUUAAAUUAUUUUUGGAGUUGCCUUGUGUUUUUCCUGAAAUUAUUAAGUAUAUUAAUGAUCUUAAAUGCAUUUCAAAUAUAUCUAAUAUCAUCCAGACUGAUUUUUGGAAAAAUAAGUUAAAACAUUUUCAACAAAGUGACCUUGUAUUACCAUUAUUUCUUUAUUUUGAUGAAUUUGAAAUUGGUAAUCCGUUAGGUUCCCAUGCAGGAAUACAUAAAAUCGGCGCAAUUUAUUGGUCAAUACCCUGCAUUCCUCCCAACUAUCGUGCACAUUUAGAAAAUAUUUUCUUAGUGCUCUUAUUUCACAGCUCUGAUUUGAAAGAAUUUGGGAGUAAUGCAAUAUUCUUGAAAUUAGUAGAAGAACUUACAAACAUACAGGAAAAUGGAAUAGUAAUUGUUUCAGAUCAGGACAAAAUUAAAAUUAAAGUUUCAUUAACAUUAUGUCUAGGGGACAAUUUAGGUUUAAAUACAUUGUUGGGAUUCACAGAAAGUUUCAGGGCAAAUUUUUUUUGUAGAUUUUGCAAAUCUCAUCGAACUCAAACUCAGGAGAUUGUUCUUCCAAACCAUAAUUUAAUAAGAGAUAAAGCAAAUUAUGAAACUGACAUACAAGAAAACAAUGCGAGUUCAACUGGAAUUAAGGAAGCAUGUGUAUUUAAUAAAAUUCCCAAUUUUCAUGUUACAGAAAAUUUCUGUGUUGAUUUAGCUCAUGACAUUUUUGAAGGAAAUGUGAUAAUGAUUCACAUUCAUCUUCAAAAAUAUUUAUUAGUGUUCCUAGAAAUUUGGAAAGAAGAAAAUCAACCUUCUACUAGCGAUGUUUCUCGUGAACUUUUUAAUAAAAAUACACCGGAUUAUCAAGAUGUAGUAGCAAUUUCUGCUAAUUGUCCCCUUCAGGAAAUUGAAAAUAAGGAUACUAUAAAUUCUUAG